GAAUUGUUGUGUCGUAGGCGAGUUGCUAUACGAGCAUCACACUCUUCGUGCUCUCCGCCAUCGCUCGCUUAUAACAAACAUCCUCUUCUCCAAUUUCUCAGAUUCAUCUGCGCUCUUCCUUCGCUUUGAUCUCUCACUCCUCGGAGAUGGCGUCCUUUUCUGCUUCCGCGGGUUCGUUCUCGGCUGUUCCCUGCGCCUUGAAACAAAAUCAGCAGGUUCCAAAUUUGAGGAAGGCUUCGCUUUCAUUCAGCGGGAAGGCCUUCCCAUCUUACAAGAUGCCCGCACUUCGUUUCCGAGUUUCCUGUGCAGCCAAACCCGAGACUGUGAACAAAGUAGUUGAAAUUGUGAAAAAGCAGCUGGCUCUUCCUGAUGACAGAGAUGUCAAUGGAGAAUCGAAGUUCUCUACUCUUGGUGCUGAUUCUCUCGAUACGGUCGAGAUUGUGAUGGGGCUGGAGGAAGAAUUUGGAAUCUCUGUGGAGGAAGAGAGCGCCCAGAGCAUCACCACUGUUCAAGAAGCAGCCGAUCUCAUCGAGAAGCUCUUGGAGAAGUGAAGAAAUCGGGCUGCGCCAUAAGUUUUUGCUAAGAAAGUUUCACAUACAUAUAUGGAGGUCCUCCUCACCUCUUCUCUAUGAACCUUUGUUAGUUCUUUUGCGCCGCACCUGUUUUUUUUUUUUUUGGUUUCUGUUCUAUGGCACUCGCCUACUUUUAUUUAAAUUCCUGUCUUUGGAUUCGAUCGAUUUGAUAAUCUCAAGUUACAAAACUUGUGUGAUUUA